AUGGAAUCAACAAGCGAAACGAUGCCAGAUACCUCCAAAGCUGAUCACCUCUGUGUUUUGGUUCAUGGCGAUGACAACCUCUACAUCCUCUGCCCGAAAACUAAUAGCGGCAACUACACCUACGACGGAAUCGAGUUGGGCGGAGAACGAAUAGUGCAUGAGAUCGAGGAGACGCUUGAAUCCCUAGCCGAAAAGGGACAGAAGAUCACCAAAAUCAGUGUGAUUGGAUACUCACUUGGUGGCCUGCUCGCGCGCUAUGCGAUCGGCUUGCUCAAUGCACGGGGUUGGCUGGAUAGGCUGGAACCCAUGAACUUCACGACCUUUGCCACACCACAUGUUGGGGUGAGAGCCCCACUGAAAGGGUACAAAGAUCAGAUUUUCAAUGUUCUAGGCCCCAGGACGAUCUCGGCAUCUGGCCGCCAAAUGUGGCUGAUCGAUUCCUUCCGAGAUACUGGACGGCCGCUUCUCGGUGUUUUGGCUGAUCCGGAGAGCAUCUUCAUAGCUGGACUGAAGAAGUUCCGGCAGCGGAGUGUCUAUGCGAAUAUCGUCAAUGAUCGCUCAGUUGCCUUCUAUACAUCUGGUCUCUCCAAAGUGGACCCAUUCCGGGAUCUGGAAGACGUGAAAAUUAACUACGUCAAGGGUUAUGAAGAUGUUAUUAUCGACCCCGACCUUCAUGUGCUUCCUCCGGCGGAAAGAAAAGCUGGAACCGUAGCAGGGCGAUUCUGGAAGAAGGUCAAAUCGGUGACCCGUUCGAUACCUCUGUCACUCCUGCUCCUUGUUCUUGUACCUCUGGCUUCUGUACUCUUCUUGAUAAACGCCGGGAUCCAAACGUUUCGAAGCUCAAAGCGAAUUCGUUUGCAUGAAGUUGGCGAGAACGGCAAGCGCUUCGGGAGAUAUAGAGUACCGGUUUUGAUCCAAGACGUUCAGCAUGUUAUGGAGCAGGCCUUUGAGAACGUCAAUGCUAUACAAGAACCAGCUUACUUGUCCAAUAGCGAUACUGAAGUGUCAGAGGUGGCGCCUGAAAAGUCCGCCAGAUCAUCUGUCUCGAAGUCUGCGCAAAACGAUGCCGAAUCCGAGUCUGUAGCAGCUAGACAUUCAUCAACAACGGAGGUUUCAACAUAUCCUAAGCUUGCAUUGACUCACGAACAAUUUGGAAUUAUCGAUUCCCUCAACGCUGUGGGAAUUCGGAAAUAUCCUGUCCAUAUACAGAAGCACCACCACAGCCACGCUGCUAUCAUCGUCCGGGUUGAGAAGGAUGGGUUCCGAGAGGGCAAGAUUGUGAUGAAGCAUUGGUUGGAUAAUGAAUUCGCCUUGUGA